CAGGAUUGAAAAAGCAAAUACUACCCCUUCCCCCCGACAAAGAAGCGACGAUGUUUCAUAACAAAAGUCUUUGGCACCACGACUGCUUUAUUGUCCUUGACAAUCGGAUAUAGUGAAACCACCAGACAAUCAUCCCACCAGACCUGUCACUAUCCCAUUCCUAAACUUCAAAAACUAACCAUGAUACUCUGAAUCUUCGCCGCAAACCCAGAGAGAAUGAUAUUAUACCGCAGGUUCUCUAUCUCGACAGUAAUCCCCCCCCUCCUUCUCCUUAGCGCCAUCUCCCUCGCCGAACAAACCACCGUCGUCAUCACCCUCGCCCCUACCGCUCCGCACCCACCCUCCUAUACCUCCGAACAGACCUUCCAGGAUGCCGUCCUCAGCGUCAGCAACGCUUACCGCAAAGCGCACAAUGCGACCCAUCUCCUCUGGAAUGAGACCCUCACGACAUACGCCCAGAACUGGGCUGACGGAUGUAAAUGGCAACAUUCUCACGGCCCGUACGGCGAAAACCUCGCCUUUGGCUACCCGAACGCCUCCGCCGCGGUCACAGCCUGGGGCGAUGAAGGCCUAGAGUACAAUUUCCAGGAACCGACGGGCUUCACCGAGGAGACAGGACAUUUCUCGCAGCUGGUGUGGCGGGCCACAACGGAUGUGGGGUGUGCGGCGGUGAAUUGCGGGUAUGACGAGACGAAAAACGGGUCCGGGAGCUAUGAGCGCCCCCAGGGAUGGUAUGUCGUCUGCGAGUAUGCACCGCCCGGAAAUGUCAUGGGCGGGAAUAAGCUGUUGGGGGACAAGGAGUUCUUCAAGAUUAACGUGCAGGCGUCGAGUACGUACUCCGGCCCGUAUGAGACCGGGUCCGCGACGGGGUCUGGGACCACCGCGACGGCGAGUAGUAGUGGUGCUGGCGCUCGCGAGAGAAAGACGGGGUUGCUGGGGUUAAUAGUGGUUGUAGGUUGGGUAGUAUUGGGAUGAUUUGUGCUUUGCUAAAUAGGUCUAGUGGGUUAAAGUAUCGAUCAUGUC